AUGAAGACUGUCCCAUUCAGGGAAGCUAUAGAUAGCAUUGGUAUACUCAACUGUACUAAACCAGAUAUAGCAUAUUCAAUUGGAGUGGGAACUAAGGAUUUCAAGCUAAAAUUUUCUAAAGAUGAGGGACAUGACAGCAUAGGAUACAUUGAUGCUGACUGGGCUGGGGACACUGCAGAUAGAAAAUCGACCACCAGUUUCUUGUUUACGUCACAAGGUGCAGCUGAUCUGUCAAAGACAAGCAGAUACAAAGACCGCACUAACACAUUCACACCAUCAGAGAAAAAAAUUGAUUCAGAAGAAAUCACAAUGGAGCAGAUUUCAAUGAGAGGAAUGCUCACAUACAUGACGACAAAGAUACUGUCAAGAACAAGACAUCAUCAACUAAUCCAAUGGAUUUGGACUACAAAGCUGAAGUACUGA